AUGUUUCUAAUUGGGAGCCUCUUUGCCCUCUGUGGGCUGCUGGCACAAACUACAGCCUAUAUGGCAGGCCAGCCUUUGAUCCUGAGCAAUUCCCUGCCUACGUGCAUGGACCACUGCCGGCCCUUGCCAGUGGGUACGGGGGUGCCCUUGACUGUGGCCCCAGGCCUGUAUUCAUAUCCUUCAAGUCAUUAUGCUAGAGACUUCAGAGAUGCUUUCAGCCGUGGCCUGCUGUCUGGGGGUUUGCUGGGCUUUCUGGAAAACCUUCCACUCCUGAACAUCCUGAAGCCUACAGGAAGCAGCACUGGUGGCCUGUUUGGGGUGGUUGGAAAAGUGAUUUCAUCAGUCCCCAUCCUGAACAACAUCCUUGACCCUGCAGUUGGCCAUCUGUUGGAGCUGGCUGUGAAGCUGGAUGUCACUGCAGAAAUCUAUGCUGUGAGGGAUAUUCAGGGACGAAGCCGUCUGAUCAUCGGUGACUGUCUUUACCCUCCUGGCAGCCUGCGCAUCUCCUUGCUCAAUGGACUAAGUCCCCUUCAAAAGCUUGUGGACGGCCUCACAGACAUCUUGACUAAAGUCCUUCCUGGCCUGGUGCAGGGCACGGUGUGUCCUCUGGUCAAUGGAAUUCUCAGCAUCUUGGAUGUCACCCUGCUGCAUAACAUCGCUGACUUCCUGCUCGAUGGAGUCCAGUUUGUCAUCAAGGUCUAG